CCUCCCCCUCUCACCAAAUCCCAAGAACACAAAACUCUCUCUCUACACAAAUCUCCUCUCUGAAUACAAACAAGGGAUCGGGAGUAGUGCAGCCCACAGCUCAUUAAUCUCGCUAUAGGCUAGCAGCUAACCACAAGAAACGAUCCCGGCCGAUUGCUCUCAGAGGCGCCGGCCAUGUCCAUGUCCGUGUCUUCCUCCCCCGCCGACCUCUCCCGCGUCCUCCCCCGCGUCCUCAUCGUCUCCCGCCGCACUGUCCGCAAGAACAAGUUCGUCGACUUCGUCGGUGAGUACCACCUGGACCUCAUCGUGGGCUACGGCGCGGUGCCGGUGAUCGUGCCGCGCGUGGCGGGGGUGCACGCGCUGCUGGACUCGUUCGAGCCCAUCCACGGCGUGCUCCUCUGCGAGGGCGAGGACAUCGACCCGUCCCUCUACGACUCCUCCGCCGACGCCGACGCCGACGCCGCGCUCUCGCCGGAGCAGCUGGAGGCCGUGCGGCGCCUGCACCCGAGCGACGCGGCCAUCGACCACGAGAAGGACUCGAUCGAGCUCCGCCUCGCGCGCCGCUGCCUGGAGCGCAACAUCCCCUACCUGGGCAUCUGCCGGGGCUCGCAGGUGCUCAACGUCGCCUGCGGCGGCUCGCUGUACCAAGACGUGGAGCACGAGCUGGCGGUCGGGCCCGGCGCCGAGGCCGUCGUCCAGCACAUCAACUACGGCGACUACGACGGGCACCGGCACCCGGUGCGCGUGCUGCCGGGAACGCCGCUGCACGAGUGGUUCGCGGGCGAUCUCGCCGACGAGGGCGCGCGGCUGAUGGUGAACAGCUACCACCACCAGGGCGUGCGGCGCCUGGCGCAGCGGUUCGCGCCCAUGGCGGUCGCGCCGGACGGGCUCGUCGAGGCGUUCUACGACCCGGACACGUACAGCCCCGGCGACGGCAGGUUCAUCAUGGGCCUCCAGUUCCACCCGGAGCGCAUGCGCAAGCCAGGCCACGGCUCCGGCUCCGGCGACGAGUUCGACUACCCCGGCUGCGCCAGGGCCUACCAGGAGUUCGUCCGCGCCGUCGUCGCCUACCAGGAGAAGACGUCGGCGGUUCCCCGUGGCGUCCCCGCGCCGUCGCCGAAGCUGAGCAAGGAGAUGGAGAGGCGGCGCAAGGUCAUCUCCCGGAGCUUCUCGCUCGCCAAGGACAUGUACCUCUCCGGCGGCCGCACCAACCCGGCGGAGCAGCGCGACCUCGAAGCCGGCGCCGAGUUCCUCGAGUCGAACACGGCGUCGCUGAGCGUGCAGCAGGAGAAGCGGCUGAAGCAGAUGGGCGCCACGGUGCGGAACGCGUCGGGGUACCUCAACAGCCUCAAGGUGAGCGGCGUGCGGGAGGCGGCGGCGCGGGCGCUCAUGGCGGAGAUGACGGUGAACCAGCUCUCGGACCUCGCCGCCUUCUACGGCACCAUGGGCAAGAUCUGCUCCGAGGUGCUCGACGCCAAGCUGCAGGCUCUGCAUGGCAACGUGAAUCUGCACGAAUGAAAACUGAUGAGCGUGCACCUGCCCAGUAGCAGCAUUCUGAUCGAAUUCCUGAUGAAUCAAUGUCGUUAACGUUAAGGCAAAGUGGCUAUUGGUUAUUGUUAAUACCACCAUCUCGAUCCUGUUCGAGAAGUGCUGCGGGUUCUCUGGCGGGUUCCGCUUGUUUGACUUCGCGUCUAUGUGCAAUGCACCGGUCGAGUUCGAGACUUGAGCUCAUCUCCUGAACCGACACAGGCAUGAGCAUGACGGGUGACGAGCAGCCGAGGUGACGAACUGAAUACGUGUUGCCAUAUGUUCGUUGCUUUCAGUAGUGAUGAGCUCAUCCACAGUAACCGGACAGUCACAACUUGCAAGAAUGUUCAAUACCAUAUCGUCAUCACUAAUGGAUGGUAUGAUGCAGUUCAUUUUAGAGGGUUCUAGCGCUUUUAGCCUUUUACCUACCCAAGUUUAAAAUCCUGAAUUGAGGUGCUGCGUGGUGGGGUUUCUCGUUGUGCCUAUGUUUUCACAAAGAUUGGUGGUGCAGCACUUGACCUUGUCGUCGUUGUUUGACUACUUCCAUAGCGGAUGCUUUGCCGCUAUCACUUCUCCCAUGGCGGAUGCUUGGCCGUCAUUGAUUGCUCUAGCGGAUACUUUUGCCGCCGUUGUCGUUGGCCUCCUCUCUAACAGAUGCUUUGCUACUGAGUAUGUCAUGGUCAUUCCCCUUUGCGAAUGCUUUGCCAUUGUGGGCGUCUUUGCUUCACCAUCAGUGGAAUCUUUGGUGGAUGCUUUGCCGCCAUUGACUCUUUUGGUCCCCUCUCUGGUACAUGAUGUCGAGAGCAUGCUGGCCCUCUUCUUGCGGAUGUUUUUGCCAGCGUGGUCUUCACUAGCAGAUGCUUUGUCGCCGUUGCUACUAGUUCUUGGGUGGAUACUUAGCCACCAAAGUAUCGGCUAAUUUGUAGGAAAUCAUUACAUUUUUGUAUCCCAUUCUUGCAGGUUCAGUUUGUAAGUGUGUAUUGAGGACGGUCGCUACUUGUGUUCUUAUAUUUUUUCUUGUUCCUAAAUUGUAUUUCAAGUCAUUUACUAUUAGCUUGGUGGUUUGUAACAUGUAUUAGGAGGACUCUCUUGUAAUUUUAUCGUGUAAUUCUCUAUUCUUAAUAGAAAAACGGACUAUAUUCUACGAUCAUGUA